AUGGCUGGUCUGCGCCCUUGGCGCUCCGCCGGAAUCCACCGUCGCCGCCGGAAGCUCCCUGUGCUUCGACUAAAGGUGUCCGGGCGCAGCCGGAAGCGGAGCCGAGCGCGGCGGUCCCCGACUUGGGAGAUCUCGGGCUUGGACACCGAGGAGGCCGGCGGAGCAGGGGCGGCGGGGGCGCGGGCCUCGGCGGAGGGGCGCGGAGCGGCGGCCGAGGCGCUGAGGCCCGAACAGGCUCUACGGCGCCUCGCGAUGCGUGAGGACCCAGCCUUCCUGGAAGAUGCUGGUGCCGACGUCCUGAUGGAGGCCUUGUGGGCCCUGGGCUGCGAGCUCCGCAUCGAGCCCCAGCGCCCGGCCCGGAGCCUGCAGUGGAGCAGAGCGAGGCCCGGCCCCUGCCCCCGCGGUGUGCCUCCUGAGGUGUGGGCUUCGGAUGAGGAGGAGCUGCUGCUGCUGCUGGAGCCAGAGGAGUUCCUGCAAGGUGUUGGCCAGCUGACCCAGGUGCUGAGCCCAAUCUGCUCGGUGCCCUGGACUUCUCCCAAGAGCCCUGCUCUCCUGCACCUGGCCGUCAUCAGGCUGGAUGCCUACCUGUGGUCUCACUCGCUCAUUGCCCGAGGGAUGCAGAAACCAGAAAAUCCAGAGGUGGCCCAUGCGGUCGGCUGGCCUGAGGUGGAGGAGGAGAGGGCUGGAGCUCUGGUACUUUUGCAGCUCUGGGCAGACCUGGAUGUGCUGCUGGUGGACUCCUGGCAGGAGCUGAGUCAGCACGUGUGUGCCUUCACCAAAGCUUUCGCCCAGCGCCCUUUCAGGCAAUACCAGGAAUCCCAGGCCUUUUCCUUCUGCACCGCAGGGCACUGGGCAGGAGGCGAGCCAGUGGCCAGAGAUGGCACAGGGCUGCGGGGGGCCUGACAGAGACAGAUCAGGCAGUUCAGUCGGGUCAGCGUAGCUGUGGCAGAUGCCAUUGUCACCGCCUUCCCUUUCCCCCAUCUUCUGCAGCAGGCUUUCGCGGCCUGCAGCACGGAGCAGAAGCGCCUGGGCCUCCUGGCUGACCUCCCUGUGAAGGCUGGUGAGGGCAUGCGGCCCCGCAGGGUGGGACCUGACCUCUCCCACCGCAUCUGCCUCUUCCUGACCACUACCAACCCUGACCUUCUGCUGGACCUGGGCUCCUGACUACACCUGCCUU